AUGACAACACGGGGCCCCUCACAUGACAACACGGGGCCCCCACAUGACAACACGGGGCCCCCACAUGACAACACGGGGCCCCCACAUGAGAACACGGGGCCCCCACAUGACAACACGGGGCCCCCACAUGACAACACGGGGCCCCCACAUGACAACACGGGGCCCCCACAUGACAACACGGGGCCCCCACAUGACAACACGGGGCCCCCACAUGACAACACGGGGCCCCCACAUGACAACACGGGGCCCCCACAUGACAACACGGGGCCCCCACAUGACAACACGGGGCCCCCACAUGACAACACGGGGCCCCCACAUGACAACACGGGGCCCCCACAUGACAACACGGGGCCCCUCACAUGA